AUGGCUACAUGUGUUGGCGGCAAUCUGAAUGUCACUGGACUCCAUGUCUCAGUCAGGUCGAACACGCUGGACCCAAGCCGUUGGACGUCAAACCCGUUGGACGUCAAACCCGUUGGACGUCAAACCCGUUGGAGGUCGAAGCCGUUGGAUGAGCGCAUUAACCCGUUGGAAGUCGAACACGCCGGACCCAAACCCGUUGGAUGUCGAACCCGUCCAAGGAGCGCAUUAACCCAUUGGACCCGAACCCGUUGGAUGAAUCCAUCAACCCGUUGGACGUCGAACCCGUUGGACCCAACCCGUUGGACGUCAAACCCGUUGGACGUCAAACCCGUUGGACGUCAAACCCGUUGGACGUCAAACCCGUUGGACGUCAAACCCGUUGGACGUCAAACCCGUUGGACGUCAAACCCGUUGGACGUCGAACCCGUUGGACCCAACCCGUUGGACGUCAAACCCGUUGGAGGUCAAACCCGUUGGACGUCAAACCCGUUGGACGUCAAACCCGUCCCAGGAGCGCAUUAA